CCCAAUUCGGCUGGCUUGCCACUCUGAUAGCGAGUGUCAUUGGGGAGGUGCAAGUUAAGGGUAUUAAGUACUUGCGUGUUGUCUGUACAGACCUGCUCAUGGGUUAACAUCUGCCUCCUGAAAGCACCAGAGAGCCGUGAAGCUGUGAUGACUGCAUCUCAAUCAUCCAUGGUUUGCCUGCUGCUGGCAGUUACUGUGCAUGGCACAACCGAGCCGGUGGCGGCGGUGGCGGUGGCGGUGGCGGGGCCUGGCCGGCCGGCCAAGCCAGGGCCCGAGUCAGAGCCGGAGCCUGACCCCAGCCGCAGCCCGCCGCACAGCAUCAUCGACGACACCAUCAGUAGGCUGCAGCUCAGCCUGCAGCAGCUGGAGGAUCUGAAGCGCGGCAUUCUGUCGGAGGACGGCCGCGGCGCGCCCGGCAGCACGUGCGCCUCGGAUGGCGCGCCCAGUGCUCACGUCGCGCUGGACGCCAAGGGCGCUGCACCAAAUGCUAAUCUCGAAAGGAGUGAGGAGCCGGAGCCGCCGCCACCGCCACCACCGCCUGCCCCCAGUGAGGCGCCGGGCACGCCGCUGCCGGUGCCCACCGACGCGUCAGUGGUGCCGCUGUUGGCGCCCGACGCGCCGGCCGAGGCGGACUCGUGGCUGCCGGCGCCGGUGCUGGCGCCAGCCGCGCCCGUGCCGCAAACAGCGUCGGCGACGCCGGCGGCGACGGCCUGGCAGCAGCAACAGCCGACGCCGGAAGUGGCGCUAGCGCCGGCGGGGGACGCGUCGGCCCCACGCGCGGCCACGGUGCCGGACCCAGGAGAGCCGCCGCCGCCCGAUACGGGACCGCCGGAGCCGCCGGUGGUGAUUGCACGGGAUAUACGCACGCUGCCAUCCACGCCAGUGCCACCGGCGCCGCCGGAAACUGAGCCGGGGCCAGAAACGGAGACAGCGGCGGAGACAGGGGUGGAGGCGGAGGCGCAGGCGGUGGCGAAGGCAGAGAUCGCGGAAGAGGCGACGCCCUCCGAGCAGCCGCCGUCCGACAAUGGGACGACGGCGGCGGCCGAGCGGGCUGACGGCCUCCGCCAGCUGGAGACCGGAUCCGGCGAGGAGAUCCAACCCUUCAACGAGUGGGCCAGCCGGCGCGUGGAGGAGACGCAGAAGAAGACUGGUGAUGCCGUGUCGCCGUCGUCGGGCCCGGGCGCCAAACCGGCCAAGAAGCCCCCGGUGCGGCACCGCAUCAAAAACUACGCGUCGCCUGACUGCGGCGCCAAGGUGUUGGCCGCUAACCCCGGUGCCACCUCCGCGGGCAACGUGCUCAGUCCGGGCCGCGACGAGUACAUGCUCAACAGCUGUGACACGCGAGUCUGGUUCGUCGUCGAACUGUGCGAGGGCAUCCAGGCGAGCAGGCUGGAGCUCUCCAACGACGAGCUGUACUCGUCGUCACCGCGCGAGUUCGCCGUCUACCUGACGGACCGCUACCCGACGCGCGAGUGGAGCCGCGUCGGCCAGUUCACGGCCGAGGAGCGCCGCGGCCCGCAGACCUUCCACCUGCCCACCGUCGUGUUCGGCAAAUUUGUCAAGGUGGAGAUCCUCAGCAACUACGGCACGCACUACUACUGCACCGUCUCGACGCUGCGCGUGUACGGAGCCAGCGAGUACGAGGUGCUCGACCACGAGGACUCGGAGAACCACUCGGACGAGACUUCCGAGUACGAGGACCUGCUUGAGCCUGCCGAGCCCACCGACCGACCAAACCUGCUGAACAGGGCGCUGCAGGCAGUCAACAGCAUGGUGCAGACGGCUAAAGUGGCUCUAACCGGACAACGCGACUCGGAUCCGGUCGAGCGCUGCGUCUCGCUGGAUCCCCGCCAGCUGCCGGCCAACCUGAGCUCCGAGGCGCGCGCCGCCCUCGGCUGUCGCUUUACGGCGCUGGCCGCCACCGCCGGCGGCGCGCUGUUCCGGCGCGCAGAGCGCAGUUGCGACAUCUGUCGGCCGCCAGAGGACAGCACCAUCACUCGCCACUCGGCGCUCUGCGGCCUAGCGCGCGCCAUCCUGUCGCCCGACGCCGUGCAACAGGUGUGCGCCGUACGUGCGCUGACGCCGCCGGCGCCGCCGGUCGCCGCCGAGUGGCCGCGCGCUAAUGGAACGGUCGAGCCGGCGCUGGCGGUGGAGGCGCCACAGCGACCGCCGGUGGCCGAAGGAACGCUCCGCCAAUGA